AAUUGUGUUGCACCACCAUAGAAGACAACAUCCGGUAGAAAAUGGCGUGACAACUGCAGACUUCAGUCAACUAAGUUGUUCUUCAAAUUUGAAUGUGCUGUUUGUGGGAUUCAUAAACAUGGAUAACUCACCAUACUACACACCCAGCUGUCAGCUGCACCAGGCGACGAAUCCGCCUAACAUGGAUAGCAAUUUCGGCGGACCUUUUUACCAAGGUCCAUCUCCUGGAUUUCCACCAGCCCCUUAUCAGCCGCCCCGGGCUGCUGUACCAGGUAGCGUUGAUAACUCCUCCGGUCCUAAUUUUUGGGCAGGACCAAAUAUGUACCAACCUUCUCAACCAUCAAAUGCACCCCCGUGGCACCCUUUCCCACCACUACCCCCGGGACAAGGCAGUGCGGGAUACGGAUACCCACCGCCUCAGUAUCAGCCGCCCCCGGUAUUUGAGGGACAGCUGUGUCCACCGAACCCUCCACCCUUUGAGUUUGAUCCAUCCAGACCACCGCCGGGAUUUUGUGAACCAGAAUCAAACCAAAUAUCGGCGUUCAUCGAGGCACAGCGCAAUGCUUGUAAUGCACCACAACAGCCUGAGUUUGAGUCCCACAAUGAUGGGGUCGCGAACCACUGGGCUCAUGGACCUACCGCAGGUCUUCAGAGAAACAGAGACAGUAACAGAUCCUUGGAUACCCGUAUACAUUUCACCAGCACCGAGUUUCAGACUGUUGGGCAAACAAAUAGAGACAACGAAAUGUGUCAGAGAGGUUUUAACGAUGCUUUCAAUGAACCUCGACACCAGCAACGUUAUCAGCCACUGGAACAACACGCACCGCUCGAUGAAGAGGCCAAGCAGAGAAAACAAGAUGAACAGUGGUUACAGAAUUUCGUGCUGAAGAGAAAGAAUAAGACCCUUCCACAGAGAAGCAGAAUUCAAACGGCGAGCGUGAGUCAGAUGAGAGAAGAUCUAUAUGGUGCUGUCAAACUCGUGUCAGAAUUGUCUCUCCUCUGUCAGACCUUAAAACUUAAUUUGGAGAAUGACGACGUUUGGACAGAGUCGUACAGCAAAGCUGUAGGAUUAAAGAAAAACAUUCAAGAGAAGUUAAGUUUCCUGGGUGACGCAGAGACCGUGUCAAGUAUCAAAAAGAAGCUGGUGACUAUACGUAAGAAAAGAAUAAGGACUCGAAGGAAGAAAAUUGAACAAAUUGAGGAAGAACAAAAGCGAGAGGAGAGACUGGCCGAACGCCAUGCGGUCAUCGAUAAAUGGAGGAUGAAGCGCAUUCUGAAAGUGGAGGAGAAGAAGCGGGAGGAAGAGCUGAAGAAGGCGGCCGACUCUGUACUCUCUGAGGUGAGGAAGAAGCAGAGUGACUCCAAAAAGAUGCUGGAUAUCCUCAAGGCUCUGGAGAAACUUCGAAAACUCCGCAAGGAAGCAGCUUCCAGGAAAGGCGUGUACCCUGAGAAGGAGAGUGACGAGGUGUUCGAGGGUCACCUGCAGCGUCUGCGUGCACUGAUUGCCAAACGCACGACCGUCUACAACGCUGAGGAGAAGGCCCUGCGCGUCAUGCUGGAGGGGGAACAGGAGGAGGAGAGGAAGCGAGACCUGGAGAAACGACAGAAGAAAGAGCGUGACAAGUUCCUACAGAAGAAGCAGGAAGCGGAGGGCAUGCUCUUUGGAGAUGACAUUCCUCCUGAUCAUCCCCUUCACGCCUUCCAGGAUUUUUAUCUGCAGGCGGAGAUUUCUUUACCUGCCCUGGUGCAGAUACGGAGGGAGUGGGACAGGUUCCUGGUCCCAGAGGAGCACCCAGACGGAAGUGCCGUUCCCCAGGCAUGGGUCCUACCUGAGCCCCCGGCUGAUGAGGCCUGGGCCAGUGCUCUGGUGAAGCACAUCUCUCUCUGACUGAUCCACUCUCUGUGAUGCCCUCUCUCUGGUAUCACAUCACCAGUGAGGGAUCUCUACUGUCUCUCUCACCCUCCACUGAAAAGUGAAGCACAUCUCUGACUGACUGAAGUGAUGCCCUCUCUCUGGUACAUCACCAGUGAGGAGUCUCUACUCUCUCUCACCCUCCACUGCAGAGCCUGCACCCUGGCAAAGUACAUCUCUCUCUGGUCUCUACUCUCUCUCACCCUCCACUGCAGAGCCUGCACCCUGGCAAAGUACAUCUCUCUCUGGUCUCUACUCUCUCUCACCCUCCACUGCAGAGCUGGGCUUGUUUUUCUCCAGCAGUGAGAGGUCUGUGAGUCAGUCUGAAGUGAAGUGAUUUCAAGGGAACCAGUAUGACUGAGAUUAGAGACUGGUGAGCUCUGGGUCGUGAAACACACACACACACACACACACACACACUUGUGUAAGCAUAGAGAUAUGAGUGGGUGGGUUUGUUUACCAGUUUGGCACUAUUGUCAGAUAGAUUCUGAGUAUUUGGAGAAACCAAAUCCUGAAAAGGUAAACAAAAGACUUACCAUUGCUUAAGAUGAAUUAUACUUACUAGUUUAUCUGUCUGUGUUGCGCCCACCUGUCACAUUGGAGAGGUUGCUACUUGGCACGUGCAAACUAAUCCAGUUUGACCAUUCACCACGGUGUCUGUCCUGAGGGGAUCCUUCCUCAGAUCCACCGAAAGACCCACAAGCAACACACACACACACACACACACACACACACACACACCUUGUACAAUAUAUUCUCCCGGUCAUAGACAGACACACAAGCAAACACUGUUAUUUGCCUGUAUUUAUUUUUGAUAUCUGAGAAUAUGUGCUCUUGUUUUGUAUAAAUUGUAAUUUUAAUAAAACACGAGUGGAGAUGUUUUUGUUUGGGAA